AGAGCAGCAUGGAGCGGUAGGUGCCCGGGUCUUAAUUCCGCGUGAGAGAAGACUCAGCCUGUGGUCUGGGCUAGCGAGGCGCCUGCGUUCUAGUACGGGAGAACGAACAUGGCAACCCUAGAAGAAAGUUUCCCCCGAGGGGGUACAAGGAAAACCCACAAACCAGAGAAAUCUUUCCAGCAGUCAGUUGAACAAGACAACUUAUUUGAUAUUUCCACCAAAGAAGAAUCCACCAAAAGGAAAAAGAUACAGAAAGAGAAAACAAAAACAAAAAGGUUGAAAAUUGAAAAGCGAGAAAGCAACAAGUCUAAAAAAGAAAAGUUUGAAAUCCUUAGUGUUGAGUCUCUAUGUGAGGGGAUGCGAAUUUUGGGUUGUGUGAAAGAGGUAAAUGAGCUGGAACUGGUGGUCAGUCUCCCCAAUGGCCUCCAGGGAUUUGUACAAGUGACUGAAAUCUGUGAUGCCUACAACAAAAAGCUGAAUGAGCAGGUAGCGCAAGAAGAACCUCUGCAGGACUUGCUCCCAUUAACUGAACUUUUUUCACCUGGAAUGCUGGUGAGAUGUGUGGUGAGGAGUGUGAACAUCACAGAGAGUGGCAAAAAGAGUGUCAAGCUCUCACUAAACCCCAAAAAUGUCAACCGUGUGCUGAGUGCGGAGGCCCUGAAGCCUGGCAUGCUGCUGACAGGCACUGUAUCAAGCCUGGAAGACCAUGGCUACCUAGUGGACAUCGGUGUUGGUGGGACCAGAGCAUUUUUACCACUGCCAAAAGCACAAGACUACAUCCGCCAGAAGAACAAAGGUGCCAAACUGAAGCUGGGUCAGUAUUUGACGUGCAUUGUUGACGAGGUGAAAAGCAAUGGAGGAGUUGUUAGCCUGUCUAUAGGACAUUCAGAGAUUUCUACUGCCUUGGCAACUGAGGAGCAAAACUGGACUCUGAGUAACUUGCUACCAGGGCUGGUGGUCAAAGCUCAAGUACAAAAGGUGACUCCAUUUGGCCUUAAACUAAAUUUCCUCACAUUCUUCACGGGCGUGGUUGACUUUAUGCACCUGGAACCCAAGAAAGUUGGGACAUACAUCUCAAAACAAACAGUGCGGGCAUGCAUCCUCUGUGUUCAUCCUCGGACCAGAAUCGUGCGUCUGAGCCUGCGUCCCAUCUUCCUGCAGCCUGGACGCCCACUCACCCGACUCUCUUACCAACACCUAGGAGCUGUGUUGGAUGAUGUUCCUGUCCAGGGGUUUUUCAACAAGGCUGGGGCCACCUUCACACUGAAGGAUGGAGCUCUGGCCUAUGCCCGCCUCAGCCAUCUAUCUGAUUCUAAGAAAGUUUUUAAUCCUGAUGCCUUCAAGCCAGGAAACACUCACAAAUGUAGAAUUAUUGACUACAGCCAAAUGGACGAGCUGGCCUUGCUAUCUCUGAAAACAUCUAUAAUUAAAGCUCAGUACCUUAGAUAUCAUGACAUCAAAACUGGAGCAGUGGUAAAGGGUACAGUGCUAACCAUAAAACCAUUUGGGAUGUUGGUGAAGAUAGGGGAGCAAAUAAAAGGCCUGGUACCCACCAUGCACCUGGCUGACAUCCUGAUGAAGAAUCCAGAGAAGAAGUACCACAUUGGGGAUGAGGUCAAGUGCCGGGUUUUACUUUGUGACCCUGAAGCCAAGAAACUGAUAAUGACCCUGAAGAAAACCCUGAUCAUGUCCAAACUGCCUAUCAUCACCUCCUAUAAUGAUGCCAAGCCUGGUCUCCAGACUCAUGGUGUCAUCCUCAGGGCCAGGGACUAUGGCUGUAUUGUGAAGUUCUACAAUGAUGUUCAGGGACUGGUGCCCAAGCCUGAACUCUGUGCGCAGUAUAUCCCUGACCCAGAGAAGGUCUUUUUCACCGGCCAGGUGGUGAAGGUUGCAGUGCUAAACUGUGAGCCAUCCAAAGAGAGGAUGCUCUUAUCCUUCAAGCUGUUGAGUGAGCCAGAGCCAGAGAAUGAGAGUGUUGGACACAGUCAGAAGAAAAAACGCGCUGUUAACAUUGGGCAGUUGGUGGAUGUGAAGGUUUUAGAGAAGACCAAAGAUGGCCUGGAGGUGGCAGUCCUGCCCCACAACAUUCCUGCUUUCCUUCCCACGCCUCAUCUAUCAGACCAUGUCACCAAUGGCCCUCUGUUGUACCACUGGCUCCAGGCAGGUGACACCCUUCACCGAGUGUUGUGUCUGAGCCAGAGUGAGAAACACCUUCUCCUCUGUAGGAAGCCUUCUUUGGUCUCUACAGUAGAAGGUGGCCAGGAUCCCAAAAGCUUCUCAGAAAUACAGCCUGGAAUGCUUCUCAUUGGUUUUGUGAGGAGCAUCAUGGACUAUGGUGUGUUCGUCCAGUUCCCCUCAGGACUCAGUGGAUUGGCCCCCAAAGCCCUCAUGAGUGACAAGUUUGUGACCACCACAAGUGACCACUUCGUCGAGGGGCAGACCGUGGUUGCGAAGGUGACCAACGUGGAUGAGGAGAAGCAGCGCAUGCUGCUGUCAUUGCGGCUGUCAGACUGCACUCUGGGGAAGUUGGCCAGUACCAGUCUCCUCCUCCUGAGCCAGUGCCUGGAGGAGCUGCAGGGUGUGCGCAGCCUCAUGAGCAACCGAGACUCUGUGCUGAUCCAGACGCUGGCUGAGAUGACCCCAGGAAUGGUCCUUGACCUGGUGGUACAGGAAGUGUUAGAGGAUGGCUCAGUGGUGUUCAGUGGAGGCCCAGUGCCUGACCUGGUCGUGAGAGCUAGCAGAUACCACCGGACAGGACAAGAGGUGGAACCUGGGCAGAAGAAGAAGGUUGUGGUCCUCAGUGUUGAUAUGUUGAACUUGGAAGUACAUGUUUCCCUCAGCCAGCAUUUGGUGAAUAGAAAAACUAAAAGGCUGAAGAAAGGCAACAGGUACCAAGGAAUUGUGCAGCACCUAGAAGAGUCCUUUGCAGUGGCCUCUUUAGUAGAGACUGGCCAACUAGCAGCUUUCUCCUUGACCUCCCACCUCAAUGACACCUUUCGAUUUGACUCCGAGAAGUUGCAGGUGGGACAAGGAGUCUGCCUAACCCUCAAGACUACAGAACCAGGAGUGACUGGCCUUCUUCUAGCUGUUGAGGGGCCAGCUGCUAAGAGGACCAUGACACAGAUCCAGAAGAAUUUGGAAGCAGUUGAUGAGGAGGAAGAGGAUGAUGACCCAGCUCUGACUAUAGGGACUAAAAAGAAGCACUCCCUGGCUAUCGGGGACAUAGUCACUGGGACUAUCAAGUCUAUUAAGGCCACUCAUGUGGUCGUGACACUGGAAGAUGACAUCAUUGGCUGUAUCCACGCCUCCAAUAUUCUAGAUGAUGUUCCAGUUGGCUCCUCUCCUACUACAAAGCUGAAAGUUGGGAAGACGGUCACUGCCCGAGUGAUUGGUGGACGAGAUGUGAAGACAUCUAAGUUUCUCCCAGUAAGUCACCCCAGAUUCAUUCGAACCGUCCUGGAGCUGAGUGUCCGGCCAAGUGAUCUGGAGAAGGAUGGCCACACUGCUCUUGACACAUAUACAGUCAGCCCUAUGGAGAAGAUUAAGCAGUUCCAGGCUGGCCAGACUGUGACUUGCUUCCUAAAGAAGUUCAAUGUGGUUAAGAAAUGGCUUGAGGUAGAGAUUGCACCGGACAUCCGAGGGCGAAUUCCCUUGCUGCUCACUUCACUUAGCUUCAAGGUCCUAAAACACCCAGAUAAGAAUUUCCGGAUUGGUCAAGCCUUGAAGGCUAUGGUGGUCAGUUCAAAUUCCUCUAAGACCUUCUUGUGUCUCUCACUCAUAGGUCCUCACAAGCUUAAGAGAGGGGAAGUAGCCAUGGGCCAAGUGGUGACGGUGAUACCCAACGAGGGACUAACUGUCUCCUUCCCCUCUGGGAAAAUGGGGAGAGUCAGUAUAUUUCAUGUGAGUGACUCCUACUCUGAGGCUCCCUUGGAGGAGUUCAUCCCCCAGAAGGUUGUUAGAUGUUAUGUCUUGUCCACUGAAGACAAAGAAUUGACCUUGUCACUACGAUCAUCCAGGACAAACCCAGAGACGAAAAACAAAAUAGAAGAUCCAGAGAUUAACUCCAUCCAGGAUAUUAAGGAAGGGCAACUCCUGAGGGGUUAUGUGAAAUCCAUCCAACCGAAUGGUGUGCUCUUAGGCCUUGGCCCCUCCGUUGAGGGCCUGGCCCAGUACUCACACGUCUCUCGAUGCAGCCAGCCCAGGAAAGACCUUUACAGCAAAUACCUCCCUGAAGGGAAGCUGCUUACCGCCAGGAUCCUAAGCCUAAACCACCAGAAGAACCUGGUAGAGCUGUCGUUCCUCCCCAGUGAUACUGGGAAGCCAGAUGUAUUUUCUGCCUCUCCGGAACCACCACUUGUGAAUCAAAAGAAGGAUCAAAAGGAAGAAGAAGAGAAGAAGAAAAAGAAAGUGAAGAAGAGCCAGAAGGGGAAGGAGGAGGUGAAGCUGCUCAGCGAGGAGAAGAAAGAGCUCCAGAGGCCACAGAAGAGUCAGGGCAAACGGGAGCGCCAGCAGUCUGAGAGUGAGCAGGAAGGAGUGAACAAAAGGCUAAAGAAGGCUGGUACAUUGGAGGAGGACAAGAGUAGUGUGGAAGUGUAUUAUCGGGAAGAAGAAGAGGAGAUCGAGGUGCCAAAGUUGCUGCCCAAGGGGAGGCAGACCAACUCCACAGAAGUGCCCCGGCUCCAGCUCUCUUCUGGCUUCGUUUGGGAUGUGGGGCUCGAUUCUCUGACCCCAGCUUUGCCACCUCGAGAAGAGAGCUCAGACAGCGAGGAGGAGGAGAAGCCACACCAAGCCACGCAGAAAAAGAAAAGCAAAAAGGAAAGGGAGUUGGAGAAGCAGAAGGCUGAGAAAGAUCUGUGCCGCAUUGAGGAAGCACUCAUGGAUCCUGGACGCCAGCCAGAGUCAGCUGAUGACUUUGACCGGCUGGUGCUGAGCUCCCCAAACAGCUCCAUCCUGUGGCUGCAGUAUAUGGCUUUCCACCUGCAGGCCACCGAGAUCGAGAAGGCCCGGGCCGUGGCUGAGAGGGCCCUGAAGACCAUCUCCUUCAGAGAGGAACAGGAGAAGCUGAAUGUGUGGGUGGCACUGCUGAACCUGGAAAACAUGUAUGGCUCUGAGGAGUCCCUGACCAAAGUCUUCGAGCGGGCUGUGCAAUACAAUGAGCCUCUCAAGGUCUUUCUCCAUCUGGCUGACAUCUACACAAAGUCUGAGAAGUUCAAGGAAGCUGGUGAUCUGUAUAACCGGAUGCUGAAGCGUUUCCGGCAGGACAAAGUUGUGUGGAUUAAGUACGGUGCCUUUGUUCUGCGGAGACACCAGGCCGGGGCCAGUCACCGUGUGCUUCAGCGAGCCCUAGAAUGCUUACCCACCAAGGAGCAUGUGGAUGUGAUUGCCAAGUUUGCCCAGCUGGAGUUCCAGCUGGGAGAUGCAGAGCGGGCUAAAGCCAUUUUUGAAAACAUGCUGAGCACCUACCCAAAGCGCACAGACGUCUGGUCAGUCUACAUUGACAUGGUCAUCAAGCAUGGCAGCCAGAAGGAAGUCCGGGACAUUUUUCAGCGAGUCAUUCAUCUGAGCCUGGCCCCCAAGAGAAUGAAGUUCUUUUUCAAGCGCUACCUGGACUAUGAGAAGCAGUAUGGCACUGAGAAGGAUGUGCAGGCAGUCAAGGCGAAGGCCUUGGAAUAUGUGGAGGCCAAGAGCUCAGUGCUGGAGGACUAGUGGCCACUGGCAUGAAGUAUCAGCAGUGUCCAGCCAGACACCUAGGCACUCAACUGUUGCCUGAAGACUUAAGUGCUGCUUUUUCUGCAGCAACAACAGGAUAAUCCUGUCCGAAUGAAAAAGGAUUUGAAGUGGU